AUGUGGGUAUUUGCAUCCUCAAAUUCCAACCGGUUGGUCCGAGAAGCCGCAUAUAAAUCCAUUUCAACAUGUCUCACUAUACUAGGGCCGACAUUGACUAAGCCAGGCGUUUCGUCGUUGGCCCCAGCUAUUCAGACAUCAUGUUGCGACCUGUUGCCACCAAAGGACGCCGGUAUCAGCGAGAGUAAACCCACCGGCAGCAAAGGAAAGUCAAGUUCCUCUGGAACCACCAAUGCGGAUGCAUUUUUAGACAACAAGUCAAAAUCAAGCUCCGAGGGCCAGAGCACCGCUGAACCGGGGCCCCUUACAGAUGCCGCCACCUUCUUUUUGCUCCAUGUUCUUACAUAUGUUCCAACCGAGCUCAUUCCUUUAUCGCUUCGUGCGAAGAUUGACCGCACGUCAAUACUUACUGCAAAUGAAGGUCUCGUGAUGGCCAGUGUUCUUAACCCCAUAUCCUCAAUGGAGUCUCAACGUGGCCAUUCAAGUAUCCUUCCUUUCCUCGCAAGGAGUCAGCCUAAAGAUCUAGAGGUUGAAGGCUUAUUACGACCGCGUAUGCCCGUGAUAAUUACAGGAGCAGGUAGAAAAGGAAAACUAGAGUUCGAAACUGACGACGAGGACGAUGAAGCAGUAGAAACAUCUGUUGGGGGUAUGGGAAAUAUACAAAAAUGUGACGUACGAGAGUCUCUGGCCGAAAAACUUGGUGGUCGUCAGGCCUCUGCUUCAGAAGAAACGACGGCACUACCAAAGGAUGCUGAGCGAGGAAAUAAGCGGAGACACCAGGACGAUGUUGAUAAUACCCUUCAAACCACCUUUUCUCAGCCCGACAAACGAGUACGAGUAGAGGACGAUACGCCCAUGGUCACCAUAACCUUAUCUGACCGGCAAACGACCGAAGGUACGUCUUCAACACUGCAGGUCGAGUCAAGCAAUCAGUCAAGCAGUGGAAUUGAGGAUACCGCAAAGAUGAACUUUUUCCCAGAACCACAGGAAGCUAGAUAUCCAACUCCCAAAAAUAUUUCAGAGUUUAAUAUCCCAUCACGGACAGCACAGAGCCAUCAGAAACUUGAUGAAGCCGAUACUGAUAGUGACGAUGGAAUCCCUCAAUUAAACAUGGAAUCUGAUACUGAUGAGGAUGACGAAGAAUGA